UAUAGAGAGCCGGAGAUGUCUGACGCUGGCUCGGACGAGGAGCUGGAGCUUCCCGCAACCAUGAUGGAGCAGGGGAGUCACGACGGGAGUAUCAGAAAGGGUUGUGAUCCCUGUUCCCAGACCCAACGCAGUAAGCUGCAGCACCGUAGAGCUCGUAUCAACCAGCAGAUAAACAAGGAGAUGAGGAUGAGGGCCGGGGCUGAGAACCUCUUCAGAGCCACCACUAACAACAAAGUGAAGGAGACUGUGGCUCUAGAGCUGAGCUUUGUCAACUCCAACCUGCAGCUACUGAAGGAAGAACUAGAGGAGCUCAACAGCAGUAUGGAGGUCUACCAGACAGAGAGUGAAGCCAUCAAUGUUCCCAUGAUCCCACUGGGUCUGAAGGAGACCAAGGAAGUGGACCUCACUGUUCCUCUCAAGGAAUAUAUCUGUGAGCACUACAGGGAGGACAGCUCUCUGUUUGAGAAAGAAAUCAAGGAGUUUAUGGAGCUCAGACAGGCCAUGCGUACCCCCAGUCGUAACGAGGCAGGUUUGGAGCUCCUGGUAGAGUAUUAUAACCAGCUGUAUUAUCUGGACCAGAGGUUCUUCCCCCCACACAGAACACUAGGAGUCCACUUCCACUGGUAUGACUCUCUGACAGGUGUGCCGUCAUGCCAGCGUGCGUUGGCAUUUGAGAAGGGAAGUGUGCUGUUCAAUGUGGGAGCUCUCUACACACAGACAGGAGCCAGACAGGACCGCUCUGCUGCAGCUGGCAUAGACAGGGCUAUAGACGCUUUCCAGAGAGCUGCAGGUGCAUUUAACUUCCUGAAGGAGAACUUUUCCAACGCUCCCAGUCUGGAUAUGAGCGGCCCGUCGCUAUGCAUGCUGGUCCGGCUGAUGAUCGCCCAAGUGCAGGAGUGUGUGUUCGAAAGGGUCACACUCACCACGCAGGACACACACUUCACCUCCCAGCUACAAGUGGCUCAAGAGGCUGCACGAGUAUCAGAUGUGUAUAGCUUGGUGCUCCAGACCAUGUCUCAGCCCCUAGUGAAGGACUAUGUCCCAUUCUCCUGGGCUUCCAUGGUUCAGGUGAAAGCAGAACACUUCAGAGCUCUCUCACACUACUAUGCUGCUGUCGCUCUCUGUGACCGCACACAGUCCAUUGAUGAAGAAGAGUGUGAUGAAGAGGGAGAGAAGGCUCUCCUCCAGCUACAUGUCAGUAAUCCUGCUGGACCCCCACUCAGCCAGGUGCUCAGAGACCCCGAGGAGAGACGCAAACUGGGUAAGGCCCACCUGCGUCGCGCGUUGAUCAGACAUGAGGAAGCUAUGAGAGUACACAGUCUGUGUAAGAUCUUAAGGAAGAUGGAUAUUCUACAAGAGGUGCUCUCCUUCGUGCACAAACGCUCUUUGGACAAAUACUCUGAGAUGGACCGAGAGGACGACUUCGACGAGACAGCAGAGGCUCCCGAGAUACACUCUCAAACCCAGCAGAAGCCUGAUAUAAUUCCACCCAAUUUCUCCACUGUCCAAGUCACUGACAUCUUCCGAAGGCUGGGUCCCUUGUCAGUGUUCUGUGCCCGGGCGCGCUGGGGGCCGGUGCGUUUGGUGUGUCUCCAGCGAGGGGAGGGGGGUCUGGGGCUAACUCUCAGAGGAGACUCUCCUGUUCUGGUGGCUGGAGUCGUGUCGGGGGGAUGUGCUGAGGAUGCAGGUCUGAGAGAGGGGGACUACAUAGUGGCGGUGGAUGGAGAGAACUGUAAGUGGGCGAAACAUGGAGAGGUGGUCCACAGCCUGAAGAGCUGCAGUGACCGAGGAGUGGAGCUCGGCGUCAUCACACUGCACACACACGACACACAGGUGGAGAGGAGGUCAGUGAUGCUCUCCCCCAGAGGAGACAAAGAGAACGCUUGCCAACGGCCCAUGGGUGGGGCUAAGGCCCAGAGCUCCGUCUCCUUACUCAACUGGAACAGGAAGAAAAACCGGGAAGGGGGAGGAGUCACCAAGAGACUGGGCAGCACCUUCAGUCUGCCAUUUGGAAACCUGGGAGACGGUGAAUCCAUGUACUGAGAUAGACGGAGGGCAAGCUGAAAUGGUGCUCGAUUCCAUACAGUGCACUUCCAGCCAAAAGUAGUGCACUAGGGAGUAGGGUGCCAUUUCAGACUGUGCUAUAGACAGACGAACCACUCAGGGAAAGGCAAAAGGACAUGUUCCAAUACAAGGAUGAGUUGUAUAUGACUGGAUACUCCUAGAUAUUGUAAUGCAUUAUUGCAGCAAUUGCAAGGAACAUUCCGAAUAGGAGUUUUGUACUAAGAGAAGAGGGAUGCUAUGUCCAGAUGCCCAGGGAAACUACAGUGGUUUUAGAAAGCACCCAACUGCAGGUAUAUGUCACUGAAGGGGUUAAGAGCAUCAUGUAAAUUGUCUUAAAAUAGACUAAUAGUUGUGGCCCAGUAUUAUUGUAGCUGACUUACAAUACAGCUAAAGGUCUUUAGAGAAAAUAAACUGGACUUACUGUCAAACUACAGCCUCUGGUCUUAUGACAAUGUCAUCAUGUUGUUUUAAUGUUGUUUUAAUGUUGAAAACAUGUUGUUUUAAUGUUGAAAUCAUGUUGUUUUACUUCACUGUUUACUGUAUCCCAGAGUCUUGCUUUUCCACUCCGGUCUUAAUGAGGUAAUGACUCUCAACAGUAAAAACAACAGUCACACCUACAUCCAUUCAGUACCUGAGCUCUCACUUCCUCAAGCUAGAGCAUUGUGAAUCACCUACAUCCAUUCAGUACCUGAGCUCUUACUUCCUCAAGCUAGAGCAUUAUGAAUCACCUACAUCCAUUCAGUACCUGAGCUCUUACUUCCUCAAGCUAGAGCAUUGUGAAUCACCUACAUCCAUUCAGUACCUGAGCUCUCACUUCCUCAAGCUAGAGCAUUGUGAAUCACCUACAUCCAUUCAGUACCUGAGCUCUCACUUCCUCAAGCUAGAGCAUUGUGAAUCACCUACAUCCAUUCAGUACCUGAGCUCUUACUUCCUCAAGCUGUGAAUCUUCUUUUUUGUUGUUGUAAGAUGUAAUUGUAAUUGUAUUUGAUGUUUAACAAAGCACACAAAUGACAACACACAAACAUCAACUACAUCACACCUGCCCAGACUUAUUAGCACACACCCCCAUCUCCAGUGCCCGCAUAAUUUUCCGCCACAUGGCCUCAAACUGCAUCAUUUUAUCUCUCCGUAGCCCACUCACUCCAAAUGUUUUACAAUAAAUCAUUUGAUUAACGAUGCCGAAUGAAUUGAUUUGCACAUUUUUAAUAUACGUUUUUGCAAAAUGAUUGAUGAGAAAAGAAAAGAAUCGUCCAGCCCAUUGGGUAUCUCACAACACCCCUAUAUUCCAUGUCUUGAAAUAUGCAUACUUAUAGAUUAAGAGUAACAUUGUAACACUUCGGACAGCCAACUUUAUUAGCUCCGCCCGCAAAAAAAACUGGAUUAUUGAGUCAUUGGAUGCUUUUGUAAAUUCAUCUCUCCGAUUUCAGAGCUCUCUGGACUGAGUGCGCCAGAGUGCAGAAUAACUGAUGAAUUUACGAACAUUUGAAUAUGAACGGUGUCAGUAAAAAUCAGCAAAAAAAAGUAAUUCAAUUGUUGCCAGCAGCACAGUUACGGUCACCAACGCUCUAGACAACAUGAAAACACCCUAACCAGAUUUGCCAGGGUGAAUAAAAUGGUCAGAAUGAGGUGUUCUCUCAUUAUGUCUGGAAGUACAGUGGCUAGCAAGCUAGCCAACUUUAGCCACUUAGCUUGAGUGCUUGACUGCCGUUGUGAGGUCAGAACAUUCAGAUGAACUUUACUCCUCAGCCAGAGCGUCCAGUGUGCGCUCUGAACGCUCAGAGAGCGAAACACUGAAUUUACUGCAUUCUGUACAUUCUGUGCUCCUACCAGUGUUUUUGAUGUGAACGUUUUUCUUUGUUUCUCUUUUGUUGGGUACAAAUGACUACCCACAAGGCACUACAAUAGUUAUGUCACAGGAGGUUGGUGGUACCUUAAUUGGGAAGGACAGGCUCGUGGUAAUGGCUGCAGCGGAAUUAGUGGAAUGGUAUCAAACACAUAGUUUCUGUGUUCCAGACAUUAAUAUGAGCCGUCCUCCCCUCAGCAGCCUCCUGUGUUAUGUGUAUUUUUAAAUUUUUCUUCUGGUGUUUUGUAGUUUUUAAUUUUGUACGACAUUCUUAUGCACCGGGACUUCAUAGGAGGAGGAAAAACUAACGCUCUACGUAUGUCAUGACAAUGAAAUGGUUAACGUGGUAAUAUGCACAUUAGGGGAUUGACUAAAGACUUUUAUAUGUCUGGUACUUAGUAGAGUUGAAUAGGAGAAUGGACAGUCUACCAUGUAGAAACCAGCUAUCAAUGUAACCAUAGAAGCAUAGAGGAGAGCUGACACAAUUGUUAGACAUUUUUAUUUUUUUAUGUUCACAUUUUCAAUAUUUGGAUGCAAACACUAUUUUAAAUUGUAAUCCAUUUGUCUUUUUUUUCUUCAAAAUAAUGAUUGAGAUAUUAUGUAUUUCAGAUUGUGAAUUAAGUCUGCCAUUGUGAUCUGUGGUGUCUUGUUAGAGUGAGUGUAAUUGUGUAAAGGGAUUUGUAUUUCUGUUGUUUAUUAUGUGAAAGACUGAUAAUCAUGGCUGGCUGCUCAUAUGAUCAACCAUCAAUUCCUCUUUCGAGGUGUGCUUGUGCGCAUGCACGUGAAUCCUUUUCAUGUGUGUGUGUUAUUUCUAGAGUAUUUGCACAGAAUUUUGUUGCUGAAUUAAAGGAGUGGAUCAAUG